GUACUUUGCAGCAGAAGUCACACAGACGACAUGUCUUCAUUACUGAAGUGCAUGUUUACCCCUUUUGCAAGAAACACUCUUGCCAAAAUGCACUACUCUUCAGGAGUCAGUAUCAGGCUUUUGCCCAGUUAUAAGUGCUCUUUUGAAGACCCAGUACACGUGACCGUGAGUGGCUUAAAUCAUCAACAACGCGUGGAUCUGCGCUCUAAAAUCACCGAUGAUAGCGGACGUGUUUUCCAGGCUCGGGCCACUUACCAAGCAGACAAUAACGGUCAGAUCGACCUCAACCGCGACCCUUCUCUUGGUGGCACCUUUACGGGAGUUGAACCAAUGGGCUUAUUCUGGGCUCUGACAGGAGAGGUCGUAAGCUGGAAGUUUGCUCUAACAGACGUGACUCGCCCUGCUCUCGUCGACAUUGAGGUUGUCAGUGACAAUAGAGUCAUCGCCAAAGUGACAAACGAAAGACAUUGCUUGACCGAUGGUGUCCGGAGGAUUCCUGUAACCGAGGGCAGGAUCAGAGGAACUCUUUUCAUGCCACCUGGUAAAGGACCAUUUCCUGGGAUUUUGGAUACAUAUGUAUUUAGAGGAGGUCCUUUUGAGUUGAGGGCAGCUCUGUUGGCAAAGAGAGGCUUUGCUGUUUUUGCCUUGGCUUUCCAGGGCUACCAAGAUUUACCCAAAAAAGCUGACAGAUUUCACCUUGAGUACUUUGAAGAAGGUAUAGAUUUUCUACGGCAACAACCAGAGGUCAAAGAUCAAAAAAUUGGCCUAGUGUCCAUAUCAAAGAGUGGAGAUCUCGCUUUGUCGAUGGCAACAUUUCUUCCUGGUAUAUCGGCUACUGUUUCGAUCAAUGGAUGCAAUGCCAAUACUUUGGUUCCCAUCUACUACAAAGACAUUUGUGUUCCACCCCUCUUGUUUGAUGUUAAGAGAGGAAAAAUGACACCAUCAGGCUUUUUGGAUAUUGGGGAUGUUAUGAAUGACCCAAUGUCAGAAGAAGGCCUUCCUAGCGUCAUUCCCAUUGAACGUGCCUCAGGUAACUUCAUGUUUAUAAUGUCAGAAGCUGACAGGAAUUGGCAAACUGCCUAUUACGCAAAACUAGCAUGCGAAAGACUUAAAGCACAUGGGAAGGAUAACUACGAGCUGGUAAGGUAUGAAAAAGCAGGUCACUUUAUCGAGGUGCCCUAUAUGCCGUUUUGUCUUGCCAAUUUUCAUGCUGCCGCUAACCAAGUGGUUUACUUUGGCGGCGAACCUAAGGCCCAUUCAGAGGCUCAGCUCGAUGCAUGGAAGAGGAUCGUGAAUUUUUUCAAAAAACACUUAGCUGCUGAUGAUGACAGCAGCAUAUCUAAACUAUAAGGAAAAAGGGAAAAUCAUAAUUAUAGUCAUAAUAUCCAACUAGUGUUGACUUGAAUUACUUUAAUUUCCAAUGUAGUUAAAGGCACAAUAUGUACGUUUUCGCAGCUAGAGGGCGCAUAUUCAAAAAAAAACAAGAAACAAAGGCAUAGUUUGAUGAUGCCGUGAUUGUGUGUGGAAUCAUGGGAGUUGUCGUCUUCAUCCCCACAGUCUGAUGGGACUCGGGCAGAAAUCAUGUACACUUAUGAGCUAAUGUAUUAAAGACUUAUUAAGGUCAAUGUAGUAUGAAGCAAGGUGGGGCUAAAAGCCGUGGAAGUGAAACAAGGUUGCUGGAGUGAUUGCUAAUGAAGGACGAGCACGAUACACGGCUCGAUAGAAGAGCUUUUAUUAUGGCACUGUCGACCUCUUCCACUUCCACCGGUCAUGUAAACAGCACUGUUUUAUACUAGAUACAUUUGAAAGUUCUGUUAUAAUGCUAUUCUCUGCAUUCGUCACCUGUCUAAUGAAAUGCAUAACAAAUUGCUUAUUUCUCUGGAUAAAAAAAAUUCUCCAAAACAUUUGGGGUAAUCUAAGUACACAAGUCAGAAAAAUAUGUUAUGUAUAUUACACUGUUAUUACACAGUGAUUUUAAUAAAAAAUCUUACAUAUUGUGCCUUUAAGUAAUCAAGAAUGUAAAAAAAAGAUCAAACUGAAUGAAGCACAUGUAUUAUUUGCUUAAAAAUCAUAGAAUUCAUGCAGAGUGUGAAAUAAUUGUUUGAAAAUCAAACUCAUAUUUGUGUGUUUCUUAAUCACACAUUGCUGUGCAUUAAAACUCAAUUUAAGUCAAAUCAAAUCAAGUGGAUUGAAAUUCUUAUAUUGGUGAUAAUACUUGUUUAUCUGGAUUUCUGUAGCAUUCUCUCUGUCUGUAUCUCUACAUUAAGUUUGUUUUUAUUAAUUUAUUUUGUACAGCCCCAGGUGCCUUUAUUUUAAAGAAGCCUUGAUGACACCUUCAGCCUUAGAGGUGGGCAAAUACUGGUUUGUUUUCCUCAAUCUUUUCUUUCCUGAAGAAUGUUUAUGUCUAGAUAAAAAACUGACUUGAUAAACAGACUUGUGAUUGAGAUAUGCAUCUAUGGGGAUUGGUUAUACUGUAUGCAGCAUACACUUUUAUGUAUUACCCGGAGCUUCCAAUAAAAUGACUGAUAUCUUGA